CUUGAGUAUUAUUCGCAAAUUCUGUAAAAUUAUUUCAUUCAAAUUUGAAUUUUUCUUUUCUUUCUCAUAGAACUGGUAGUUGAGAAAUUUUGAAGUUGAAAUAGGUGAACCCAAUCAUCAUCGAUACGAAUUGAAGAAGCAAGCAGCGUUAAGAUUGAUUGAUUGUUGAAUGAACAAUCAAAUUGGUCUAUGUCUUUGUAAAUCACUAUCAAAUAAGUUUCCGAAUCUGUUAUCUAAAGGUGGAUGAAAUAAUUUGAUACAUAAGAAGAUGGCAUCAAAGCAAAUGGAAGUGAUUCAGAAGAAAUUAGGAAUGCUAAAUUAUCCAAGGGCAAAUGCAUCUGCCCAGUCCCUUUUAUUUGCUGGCAUGGAGCGCUAUGCCCUUUUUGAAUGGCUCUUCUUUCGGCUAUUAGGUGAUAAGUCACCCUUCUCUCAACAAAACUUACAAGGGGAUGCCCUUGACCGUGACGAGGAGACGGCUCGAAUUCAAUAUUUGGCAGAAAUUGCUAAGUUUCUGGGCAUUACAACAACUGUAGAUACCGACGCCAUUCAAGUUAGUCAUCUAAUUACUGCUAUUACUUUAUUUUACCAAAUUAGUAGCUUUAACUACGACAAGCCUAAGCGACUAACCACCGAAUACAUUGUUGACGAGCAGGUAGCCAAGGACAUACACUUGAUAGAUUCUAUUGCAGAAAAACAGGCACAAAUAUUUUCUGAAGAAUGUAAAUUGUUUCCCGCAGAUGUUCAGAUUCAGUCCAUAUAUCCCUUGCCAGAGGUUGCUGAGCUGGAGUCAAAGCUUACUGAACAAUCAAAAAUAUUAUUGAAUCUUCAACAAAAAGUUGAUGACUUGGCAUCGAAGCAUGCUUAUAAUCCAGAUGAGGAGUACACAGAGGUGGAAUCUCAACUGCGGGCACAUUUGGAAUCUUUCCUAGAAACAGCUAGAACAUUCAACAUGAUUUACACCAAGGAAAUUCGUCCAUGGACACAUAUGAUGGAGGUUCCACAACUACAUGGGUUUGGACCAGCUGCCAAUCGGUUAUUGGAGGCAUACAAAAUGCUUCUAAAGUUUUUAGGGAACCUACAGAAUCUAAGAGACUCGCACGCUGCACUUGCUUUUGGAUCCUCUGAAACAUCAGGAGGGCCGUCUUCUGUCUCAAGAAUAAUCUCUGAAUGUGAAUCUGAAAUGACAGUCAUAAAUCGAGAUCUUGGAAUUCUUUCCGCUUCCAUUGCUCGUGAACAUGGAGAGAAAAUGAGCAUUUGAUGAAACAAUGAGAAUAAGAUUAACCCUGAAGUCUUACUCUUUUGUAUUUUGUGAUCUUUUUUAUGAAAAUAUUGUUAUCUUGUGCAUAAUAUGCAUAUUGUUGACAUGAGAUAUGAAUGUGACAGAGUCUGAAUAGCUGCAUUAUCCGUAGGAACUUAGGCUUAGUGAUGUUUGUACAUUAUUAAUUACUUGUGCAAUUUUAAAAAUCACAGUUUAAGCUGGUGUUUUGGAUUUGA